AUGCCCCGGGUCUCCUUGCCGGAGACCUCCCCUACUCUGCGGUGGACGGGGAAGGUUGGCAAUGCGUCUGCGUUUCGUGUCUGGGGAUCUCGGGCUUUUGUCCGCGACUUGUCUGCGGACAAGCUGUCCCCCCGUGCUGUUCCCUGCGUCUUCCUUGGCUUCCCCCCUGACGCGCCUGGUCGGCAGUUUUACCACCCCACCUCGCGCCGUGUUCUGUCUUCCCAGGAUGUCACGUUUGACGAGUCGGCCCCCUUCUACCGUCUCUUCCCCUACCGCACUGCCCCGCUCCCGCCUCCGCCGCUCUUCCUCACGCCAGGUGCUGCCUUGGUAGACCCCUUGCCUCCCCAGGUUCCUGCUCCCUCAGGUGUUUCCCAGGUAGACCCGGUCGAGCCAGUCGAGGUAGCUGUCGACUCUGAUCCUGCGCGAGGUACUGAGCGUGCUGAGCUUGGUGGUGCUGGGUCUGGAGGUACUAAGCCUGGGGGUGCUGGGCCUGGGGGUGCGGAGACUGGGGGUGCUGAGCCUGGGGGUGCGGAGACUGCGGGUGCUGAGCCUGGGGGUGCAGAGACUGCAGGUGCUGAGCCUGGUGGUGCUGUCCUUGGUGGUGCUGGGUCUGGAGGUCCUGAGCCUGGGGGUGCUGCGCCUAGGGGCGCUCUCUCUUCCCAGCAGCUGCGUGAGUGGUACUCUCGGUACUGUCGCAGCCUCCGUGGUGCUGCUGGAUCUAGAGCUGAGAGCGCUGAGCCUACUGGAGUUGGUGUUGCUGCUGGCCCUGGGGUCGGCACUGGAGGUGUUGGAGCCUCUGGUCCUGGAGGUGCUCGUACUGGCGGUACUGGAGCUGCUGGGACUGGGGGUGCUGCUGGAGCUGUUGGCGCUGGUCCUACUGGAGGUGCUGCUAGUGCUGCUGUAGCUGGCGGUCCUGCUGGAGUAGGUGCUGCUGGAGCUGCUGGAGCUGGAGCUGCUGGGGGUGUUGGAGCUGGAGGUGCUGCUGGCGGUGGUGCUGCUGCUGGGGGUACUGGUGCUGUCCCUGCUGUUUCUGGAGGCGCUGCGCGGCCGCGGCCGUACUUCGUUCCGCUCCUUGAGCAGGUUCUUGGUCUUCCGCCUUCUACUUGUCCUGCUCCUCCCUUAGAGUGUCCACAGCCUGACCAGUCGCAGUCACAGUUACAGCCCGCCUCCCCACUGCCUACUCCUUCUCCCUACACUGGUCCUACUGGAGGUCUUGCUGAGCGUCGUGCACCUGCGUCUCGUCCUGCGUCGCCUGUUCGUGCUGCUCGCACUAGUCGUCGUGUUCCGCAUCAGCGUCCUCCUGCGCUCCCGGGCACGCACCAGAUGGCACUGCGUCCUUCCACUGCUCCGCAGCAAGUCCCUUUGCCGUCUCCUCCGGAGUCCUCUCUUCCUGCUCUUGCUGACCCGGAGUCGGACUCUCUUCUUGCUGAGUUGGUCGACUUCGCUGCUCACUGUCGUCUAGACUACUCUGCUAGUCUUGUUGCUGAGUCUGAGUCUGUCUGUCCUCCGUCCGUCGGGGGUGAGUGUGCCCUUGGCACGGACGUCCUUGAGGACAGGCAGGAGGAGUUCCAGUGUUUGGCUGCUGCUUCACCUCAUCUCGUGUCCGUACUACUUACCCCUGAGGGAGACCCGGAUGCACUUGACAUCCCGACUCCGCGCUCUUACGCGGAGGCGAUAGAGGGUCCCUACUCCUCUCAGUGGCAGGCAGCUAUGGACACAGAGAUGGCUUCCUGGAAGUCCACAUGCACCUACGUUGACGAGGUUCCCCCGCCUGGGGCGAACAUCGUCAGUGGCAUGUGGAUUUUCAGGGUGAAGCGGCUGCCGGGUUCUCUGCCUGUCUUCAAGGCGCGUUACGUGGCUCGAGGCUUCAGUCAGCGGCAGGGAGUUGACUACUUUCAUACCUUCUCUCCCACCCCGAAGAUGACCAAUCUUCGGGUGCUGCUGCACAUAGCCGCUCAGCGCGACUACGAGCUUCACUCUCUUGACUUCAGCACAGCUUUCUUGCAGGGCAGCCUGCACAAGGAGAUCUGGCUGCGCCGCCCACCUGGCUUCACUGGGUCGUUUCCUCCUGGUACCCAAUGGAGCCUCCGGCGGCCAGUCUACGGUCUCCGCGAGGCGCCCCGUGAGUGGCACGACACACUGAGGACUACACUUGCGGCUCUUGGGUUUGCUCCUUCUACUGCCGACCCGUCGCUGUUUCUGCGCACCGACACCUCUUUGCCGCCGUUCUACAUCCUCGUGUACGUCGACGACUUGGUCUUUGCCACUGCUGACACUGCUGAACUCGCCCACUCACACAUGGUGCAGCAGGUCCUUCAGCGCUUCGACUUCACGUACUCCUCGCCUCAGGCCACUCCUCUGUCUACUCGCCACUCGCUCUCAGCUUUGCCUUUGGAUGAGUCCGUAGAGCCGAGUGGCCCGUACCCAGAGCUUGUUGGCUGCCUCAUGUACCUGAUGACCUACACACGACCUGACCUUGCAUACCCUCUUAGCAUCUUGGCACGCUAUGUUGCUCCUGAGAGACACCGACCAGAGCACAUGGCUGCAGCGAAGAGGGUGUUGCGCUACUUGUGCAGUACGUUGGGCAUGGGGCUAGUGCUUGGAGGGCGGCGUUCAGUGGUCCUCACAGGUCACGCAGACGCUUCUUGGGCUGAUGACCAGGCCACGCAGCGGUCGUCACAGGGUUACACCUUCAGCCUUGGUUCCGGCUCUGUUUCGUGGUGGUCUACCCGCUCGUCUUCUGUUCUCGGCUCCAGCUGUGAGGCUGAGAUCUACGCGGGGGCCAUGGCUGCACAGGAGCUACGCUGGCUCACCUACCUGCUGACUGACCUAGGAGAGCCGCCUCGUUCUCCUCCAGUUCUUUACGUAGACAACAAGGCCAUGCUGGCCUUGUGUCGGGAGCACAGACUGGAGCACAGAACGAAGCACAUUGCUCUUCGCUACUUCCUUGCUCGUGAGCUGCAGCAGCGUGGUCAGCUGCGCCUUACUUACGUGGCCUCUGAGGCCAACACUGCUGAUAUCUUUACCGAGGCACUUCCGCCUUGUGAUCAUCAGCGCUGUUGUACGAUGCUAGGUCUUGUGCCUACUUGGCCUCACUUGCUGACUUCUUGA